ACACAGACCAGCCUGGACUUGCAUUUCGUUAUUGCGUAAAACCGACGUGUUCCAGCCAUCGCCUUAAAAGCUUCCAGAUGUGAGUGAUGCGCGCGCAUCCCUUUUCUUACUGUCGGAGAAUACUGCGGUGUCUUUGAACUUCGAGUGGGUGGAUUCGGGACCACAGCCAAAGUGUGACAGAAGCAAUGAAACGCUGAGCAAGAAGAGUAACUAAUACUAGACGUCGCUGAAAAGGAAACUGCUUACAACAAGAAAAGGGUCAAAGAAAGUAAUCCAAAUGGCGGAACAGUGCUCAGAUCUGGAGAAGGCCAUCCAGUCCCUGGUGACAAACUUCCAUUCAGCAGCUGGCAACAAUUCCCCCACACUGAAAAGAGAUGAAUUUAAAGGUCUUCUUUCUUCACAGCUGCCUAACCUAACUAAGACGUCAGCUUCAGAGGCAGGCAUGGGGGAGAUCCUGCAGCAGAUGGGGGUGAAGGAUGGGGAGGACAUCUCCUUCCAGCACUUCUGGAACCUCAUCCAGUCCCUGGCCACCAACCAGCACGGCCUUCUGAGCCACGAAAAAGUCUCCAAGUGUGCUAAAUGUGUGUUAUUGUGAGACCAGGACCGGCUGGGUUCUUUUAGAUCGGUCCUCACUCAGGCAUAGGGAACUACCACCAUAAUGCCUAUUGAGCUCUGAUGAUCAUAUGUUUUUUGUUUUUUUUAAAUGCAUCUCAGCUUCAUCCAGUACCUUUAUCCAAGUAGUAACAUAUCAUACACACUCCAUUAGCACACUGAGGGGUCCUGCCAUGGCUAUAUGCCUUUAUGAUUUAUAAAAGAAAUGGUGUUGGUUGGCUUUUGUGCCUUUGCAAGUGUUUGCAGAACGUACUGGAGUUCAGAACAACAUUGAGGUUUAGUACUGAAAGAGAUUUAUUUUCAUAAAGUAAAACACUACAUUGGAGAGACAAGUAAAGGGAGUUUUACCUGAUGUUUUCAUGAAGAGAAAUUAAUUAAUUUCCUUUGUAAGAGGUCAAUUGAGCUCAUUAUUGCACACCGAACAUGUGUCAAUAUUUCCUCAUUACAGAAUGUUGGGACAGGAAAUGUGACCUAUAUCCAUAUAGCCUACCCUACACUAAGAAACUGUGAUUCACAGUAAGCUUAUUAAACCAUUUAGGUUCACAUUAUUUUGCACCAUUCCUUGCCAAAUCCAAUUACCACAUGUUCUCUUGUCACAAAUAAUUCAAAUACACCAGUGGCCUUCAAUCUAUGAAAUUUACAGAACACCAAUUAUUAUUGAUGACUACCCCAAAGAAACUAAUGAUCUGAUGGAAACACAUACAUUGUAUUUAUAUUUUAUAUUUUUGUUUUCUGUAUCCAACGUCUACGGUGUCUGUCAUCCUUGAAAUGACGUGCACUUAAUAAAGUUUAAAUGGUAACAUGGA